CUCCCCCGAGUCCCGAGCCUUGAGCGCGGAGGGCGGGGAGGGGCGGGGCGCGAGGAAGGCGGAGCAGAGCCGGGGAAUCCUGCUCUGUGUUAGCGACGGGCCCGGGAAGAGAAGCUCGGCCGUCCGAGGACCCCGGCGGAGUGGCCGACGGGGAACCCCGGACGCAGCCGAAUCUGGAGGGAUCCUCGCGCCUAGCGAGUCGCCCUCCUCGCCUCCGCGCCGCCCCCGUGGGCUGGCAGGUUCCUGGCGAGGACGCGCUCCGCCCCGCCGUUCACUCCCGCGGCCCCGUCGUCCGCUCGCCGGCUCCAGCUUGCCCGCGCGCCAUGCAGCCGCCACCAGCCCCGUGCGCGUAGGCGCCCGCCGCAGGCCAUGCUGCCCCUGCUCGCCGCGCUCUUGGCCGCCGCCUGCCCGCUGCCGCCGGCUCGCGGCGGCGCCACGGACGCGCCGGACCUCCUCGGGGCGUCCCUCAACGCCUCGGCCAACGCGUCGUCCGCGGGCGAGCCCGUUGCCCGGCGCCCGCUGGCCUCGGCGGCCCCCGGGCAUCCCGAGCGCGCGGGCCCGGAGGAGGCGCCGGCGACCGCACCGUGCAAUAUCAGCGUGCAGCGGCAGAUGCUGAGCUCGCUGCUUGUGCGCUGGGGCCGCCCGCGGGGCUUCCAGUGCGACCUACUCCUUUUCUCCACUAACGCGCACGGCCGCGCCUUCUUCGCCGCCGCCUUCCACCGUGUCGGGCCGCCCCUGCUCAUCGAGCACCUGGGGUUGGCGGCUGGCGGCGCGCAGCAGGACCUGCGCCUGUGUGUGGGCUGCGGCUGGGUGCGCGGCCGGCGACCCGGCCGCCUCCGGCCCGCGGCGCCCGGCCCGGGCCCCACCGCCGGGACGCCCUCCGCGCUGCCCGCCUACUCCGCGGCUGAGCCCUCUGGGCCGCUGUGGCUGCAGGGCGAACCGCUGCAUUUCUGCUGCUUGGACUUCAGCCUGGAGGAGCUGCAGGGCGAGUCGGGCUGGCGGCUGAACCGCAAACCCAUCGAGUCCACGCUGGUGGCCUGCUUCAUGACCCUGGUCAUCGUCGUGUGGAGCGUGGCCGCCCUCAUCUGGCCGGUACCCAUCAUCGCCGGCUUCCUGCCCAACGGGAUGGAGCAGCGCCGGACCGCCGCCAGUGCGCCCGCCGCCGCCCCCGCCGCGGUGCCCGCGGGCACCACUACCGCCGCCGCCGCCGCCGCUGCUGCCGCCGCUGCCGCCGCCGCGGCCGUCACCUCGGGGGUGGCGACCAAGUGACCGCGCCACGCCCGCGGGUGCCUUGCCUCCCGAACGCCGGCCGGGGUUCUUCGUGCUGUGGUUUUUGUUCGUCUGCCCUUUCCGGGAGGGGGCCGCUGGAGAGGCCCCCCGCGUGGUGGGAAAGCGAGGUUUGUGCUGUGCUCCUGGCUUCAGGCGGGAGCCCUUGGACGGGACGGGAAGGAGAGAAAUGGGGCCCUUUCCCCCCUUGUUGCGUCCCCUGCCCCGCCUCCCUGCCUUGACUCCCAGCAGAAAAUGACCAAAUCCUGUGUAUUUGUUUUCUAUAUUUAAUAACCGUUUUAAAUGACAGUUUUAGUAAAAAAAAAAAAAAACCAAAACAAAAAGAUUACCUUGCUAUUGCUAUAGUCAGAAGAGCUCUUUGUAUCCGAACACAGUUGUAUUUGAAGUUUGUUUUUUAAUUUAUUUGAGGGGGCGGGGUGUGGGCAGGAUUUCACACUUGUUACCGCUGAGUCUCGGACUCCUAGAAACCUUUUCCAAGCCGAUCCCCAGUGACGUGGCCUGGUGGGCGUUUCUUCUUGUACUCUAUGUGAUUUUUUUGGCCUUUAAUACAGACAUUUUCCUCCAGA